AUGGAAGCUGCUGGCCUUCAUUUUCAGAUCACCUUGCCUGUCUUUGGGCAGUGGUUUCAGGAUGUGGGAAAAGGGGAGGAAGAGUAUGGCCACAGUGGUGAGAGCAGGAUACUUGGAGGAAGUGGGCUGGCCCAAGCUGGGUGGGGAGCAGCCGGCGUGGAGGGCGCCGCAACGCCCCCCCCCACCCCCGCCCCCGAGCCCCGACCCAGGCAGCAGUGCCCGGCAGAGCAGAAACGCAGCGCGCCCUCUGCAGGCAGCUGCGAGGAGGCUACUGAGCCCGGAGAGGCGAAUUCGCCAUUGUUGCCUGCAGUCGCCUCCGUGGCAGGAAGGGACAUCUCCCUCUGCUACUCCUUCCACUCCCCAUCCGCCGCAGACUAUUGUCACCAACACGCCGAGAGCACCCACUACAAUGUUUCCCUUGAAAAAUCCGGCACCUAA